AGUGCAGGUAUAGCUCGCGCACGCGCAGAGGUAGUAGCGGAUGUUUACAGCGGCUGAGGUCGGUCCGAAGCGACAGAAGCGUCCGAAGAACUGCUAUCCGAGACUAAAUCCGAGGGCUGCUGAGCGCCGAGGUUCUUACAUAAUCCGUGCUGGCCUGGAACUCACUGAAGAUGACCUUGAACUCCUGAACAGGAGGUGUUUUGGUUCAGAAAGUCUCCUGAUCUUCUGUGGUUUGGUAGUCUUUUCUUCAGCAGUUUAUAUCAGCAUCACGAACUUUUAAGAAAUAAAGCCAUUAGUUUGGAAAAGUCACCUGAGUCUUGAACAUGGGCGGUGCCGUGAGCGCUGGUGAGGACAACGACGAGCUCAUCGACAAUCUGAAGGAAGCCCAGUACAUCCGGACGGACGUAGUAGAGCAGGCUUUCCGAGCUAUUGAUCGAGCAGAUUAUUAUCUUGAAGAAUUUAAAGAAAAUGCAUACAAAGACUUGGCGUGGAAACAUGGAAACAUUCACCUCUCAGCCCCGUGCAUCUACUCGGAGGUGAUGGAGGCUCUGGAUCUGCAGCCUGGGCUCUCUUUCCUGAAUCUGGGCAGUGGUACUGGCUACCUCAGCUCCAUGGUGGGGCUCAUUCUAGGUCCUUUUGGUGUUAACCAUGGCGUGGAGCUUCAUUCAGAUGUGACUGAGUAUGCGAAGCAGAAACUAGAUGUCUUCAUCAGAACAAGUGACAGCUUCGACAAAUUUGACUUCUGUGAACCUUCCUUUGUAACUGGCAAUUGCCUGGAGAUCGCUCCAGAUUGUUGUCAGUAUGAUCGUGUAUAUUGUGGGGCUGGUGUGCAGAAAGAACAUGAAGAGUACAUGAAAAAUCUUCUCAAAGUUGGAGGGAUCCUUGUCAUGCCCUUGGAAGAGAAGUUGACCAAGAUAACACGCACAGGCCCUUCUGCUUGGGAAACAAAAAAGAUUCUGGCUGUUUCCUUUGCACCUUUGGUCCAGCCUUGCCGUUCAGAGUCAGGACAGUCCAGACUUGUCCAACUACCACCACCAGCCGUGCGCAGCCUGCAGGACCUGGCCCGGCUUGCAAUCCGUGGUAGCAUCAAGAGGGCUAUGCGCCAGGAAGCCACCAGAGGAGGUGGCCUGAAGAGCACACCUAUGUUUAAAAGAAGGCGAGUUCGUCGCCGCAGAAUGGAGACCAUUGUCUUUUUGGAUAAAGAGGUGUUUGCCAGUCGCAUUUCCAACCCCUCUGAUGACACCAGCUGUGAGGACGCAGAGGAGGAUCGGCGGGAAGUGGCAGAGAGGACCUUACGGGAGGCCAAGCCUGAGCCACCCGUGAACUUCCUUCGUCAGAGGGUAUUGCGCCUCCCGUUGCCUGACCCCCUGAAGUACUACCUGCUGUAUUACAGGGAAAAGUGAGCUGUGAGAGAGUGGGACCAGGAUAUCCAGAGAAAACUGCUGGCCAGGUACACAUGUCUUCCCUUUCUUGGUUCCUGUCUAUCCUCAAACUUUUCAUUUAAUGGUGUGAUUUAUUUAAGCACAGUCUAACAAUAAACUGCAUAGGAUUAUUUUCCUUGGGGGUGGGGUAGGGUGUGCAUCUUGUUGGCUCUACUGUAACUUGAGCUCAUUGAGAACUGCAUGUUGUCUGCUCCUUAUGCAAGCAAACUUUCACAUUUAGACUUGAAUUAAGUUGGAUUGGAUCCUGUGUGAAGCAAGGGGCAAGUCUGUAAAGGGGUAACAUACCACCACUCAGCUUGAAUUUUAUGUGAUGGUUUUGUUGCCGGCAUAGAGUUCUUCUGACUUUUGCCUUUUUCUAAGUUGGGAAAUGUUGAAAAUCCUCCCUUAUUUAAGUCAAAAUAAUUAAAUAUUAUGUGAAAUAUCAAACAUAAUUUUUUAAAGAAAAAGAAACGCAGAAGGAGGGAUAACGUAUAGAACUGCCAGAUGUCUUUCUGGAAUUUCCAAAGAUUUCCAAGCAGCUGAUCGUCCCCCAUUCCUUCUGAUACGUUAUAGGAAUCACCAUCAAGUAAUCUCUUUUUCUGACAGGAAAAGUUUUUCCUGAACCAUAGCAGUGAUUCAUGAGUCACGAACUGCAAAGACCAGAGCAGUUCUAAGGUAUUUCCAUGAGAAUUUUCAGUGCAGGUGGAGAGACUGCCGUGUUCCAGUAAGCCCAUGCUUCUUGACUUCAGUUUGCAGUCUUUCUUUGAUUAUAUUAGAGUACCAGGUCAUAGAUUUUUAUCUUUUAUAAUUCUGGAGAAAAAAAAUUGUUAGUUUUGUAAAUUUUCUUAAGAACAGAUACUGUAUUUUACUAGUUCCAUUGCAUUAGAGCAGUUUAACUUGUGACUUGUGAAGUCUAUUCUCUCCAGGCCAUGGGUAUUGAGAACUAUUAAGUUAAAAAAAAAAAAAAAAAAAAAAAAAAAAAAAAAAAAAAAAAAGCAACCUUUUUGGCUGUUAGAGGGCAGGACUGGAAAUUACAUUGCUGAUUCCAAAAGCUGGCUCCUAAAAAAAAUUUUCUAGCCCAAAGAAAAGAAUAGUAUAAAUUAUUAGUAGUAAGCCAAAAUUAGACUAUUAAUUUAGAAUUAAGUACUGAGAUUUUAUGAUUUACUUUUAGCUUAGCCUCAUGUGACUUGCAGGGAGAAAUUGGAUAGUUCUGUGAUUUCUGCAGCUUAAAUGGGUGUUUUGGUUCUUUUCUCUCUCUUUCUUUCUUUUGUUCUUUCUUUCUUUCUCUCUUUCUUUUUUUGUCAAGUUAGUUGAUUCAUUUUUACUACACAGUAUAGUCUGCAUGUAUAGCUGGGAAAACAUAUAACGCCCUACAUUAUAAAUAUGAUGUACACUUGCAUUACUUUAAAUAUAAGCUACUUAAAGAAAGUUUAUAGUUGUUUUUACUUGCCUUUUAACUCCAAUUUGGGCUUCUUUUCUUUCAGAGAUAAAUGCAUGCUUUAACUUGACUUGCAAAUGUUUGUAGUUUGCAGAUCUUUCUUGAUGUUAACUCUAAUUGUUAGCUAGACUUUUAUGUUACCUGGAAAAUUUUGGACAUAAACUUAAAUAAAUGAUAUCUGUGAAGUUUGUAUAUUAGGUGGAUUAAUUGAAUUUUCCUGUGAUUGAAUAUGGGCUACAUUUUGAAAAGCCACAUUUGCCUUUAUGCUGGAUUUAAAAAAAAAAAUUACAAUGCGUAAGACAUUUUCCCUUGAUAUGUUAAACUUUUCUUAGCAUUUUGUAUUUAUAUUUUAUCACUUUGUGAUUUUAAACCACAAUUCAGUGAAAUAUAGUUGUAACAAGUGAGAAAUAGAUUGGCCUUUAUAUCAUACUACCAGGGAAAAUUGAAAUUUUCUCAUUAACACUUUGCUGCCGGAAUUCAGUAUAUACCAGUGGUAUAUACAAUAAUAUCCCACACUUUGUUUUCAGACUAAUAAAUUAAUAUAGUCAAAUGUUUGUCUUCAGGAUUUGUAUUGUAAACAAAAUAUUGACAAUGGCUGUGUUUUAAGGACUGGGUAUUUUUAAACAUGUGACUUCUGUUGUAAGAAUCAAAGGUAUACAUAAAAAUAGAUUUGUCAACAUGGAACUUAAAGUUGAAAAUCCAAGAAAUUAGAAAUACUGAUUUUUUUUUUUUAAUGAGGUGAAACAUAUGGG